GUACUAAAAAUAUAGACAACCAUCAAAGUCAUUUUCAACCUACUCUUCAAUUUCAACUUCAAAAGUCUCCUUUUUAUCUAUAAUACACAGGAAAAGGAACUGAUCGAAGUAGCUGGUAAAACUAAAACCUGCAAAUUUAAGAUCUCUCAAGAAGAAACAGAGAGUUUGACCAUGGAUUUCAUAGCCCAACUGCAAAACCAAUUUGUAGCUUUCAUGAAUUCUCUGUAUCGUGAGGGCUUUUUGGAUGAGCAGUUUCUGCAGCUUCAGAAAUUGCAAGAUCAGAGCAACCCAGAUUUUGUACUUGAAGUUGUUUCACUUUUCUUUAAAGAUUCUGAGAUAUUGCUACACAAUAUGGCCAAUGCCCUUCAACAACAACUGGUAGAUUUCAAGCAGGUUGAUGCGCAUGUCCACCAGCUCAAAGGAAGCAGUUCCAGCAUAGGUGCACAAAGAGUAAAGAAUGCAUGUAUUUAUUUUGGAAAUUAUUGUGAGGAGAAGAGCCGUGAUGGAUAUAUGAGAUGUCUCCAACAGCUGAACCGUGAAUAUAUACUUGUGAAAAAGAAGCUCCAAACCUUAAUAAAUCUUGAGAAACAGAUCGCAGCCGUCGGUGGCACGGUACCGGUUUUGUCAUGUAUGCGUUGACUCGAAUCCAGAGUUUCUAUGUCCUGUGAUAUUUGAUGGCACCAAAUGAGAUAUUACAUUACAAAUUGUUGUUAUAUGAUUCUGAGAUCUUAGGUCCAUGGUAUAUUGUAGAAAUGUAUAAGUGCCAAAUUAUCACAUCUUGUUAUAUGUUAUUCUUGAAAAUUUAGAAUUUGCAUCUGCUUAAAAUUUAUAACAGUCUAAGUUUGAUUAUCUUUACC